AGCGAUUCGCGGCUGCUGGUGCAUUCUGUGUGCGUGUCCUCCUCCCUUCUCUUUUGCAUUGCGGUCUGUUCAUUUCGUGGAGGCUGUGAAAAACUUUUAUAUUUCCUACGGCUUUUUCGUGUACCGGUAAAAUUAGUGUGAUUUUCGUAUCGAAAAUCAAAAUGAAUAGGAAAUUACUGUCCCUGGCAGUGUUUGCUGCCGUUAUUUUUUGUGCCCAGUCUGCCAUUGACGUGGAAAUAGAAAACAAAAAUGUUGAUCGCACUAUCGAUCUCGCAUCGCAGUUGGUGAAAAUCAGCUACAAAAUUACCCUGGAGCAUAAAACUAAGAAACCCAAUAGCAGUUAUCUGUUCAUCGUUCCGAAUGACGAACGGGAACGGCUGGCAUUUGUUUCUGCCAAGGAUUCCUCGAAGAAAGACCUAAAGCUGACGGAAACUGCUUCACCCAAAGGAGCGACAUUUUCGAUGAGUUUGCCGGCUGGAUCGGCCAAUCCGGUUGUUUACAUUGAAACAGUCUUUACCAAGUCCCUGAAGCCGCAUCCGACCGCAAUCAGUCAGACAGACCGUCAACUGGUACAAUACUUUGGAAGCGUUUAUUUCUAUUCGCCAUUCAAGACAGUCACUCAGAAGACGACUGUUCAUCUGAGUUCGCGAAACGUCGAAAGCUUCACCCAGUUCAAGCCGGCUGUUCACUCCGAUACAACAAUCACCUAUGGACCUUAUGACAAUAUUGCUGCAUUCUCCAUGGAACCUUUGACAAUUCACUUUGAGAACUACACUCCAUUUAUGACCGUCACCAAGCUGGAGCGUGUAAUUGAAGUUUCCCACUGGGGAAAUAUCGCCGUGGAGGAAACAAUCGAUAUCGUUCACUCUGGCGCCGCCUUGAAGGGAUCUUUCUCCCGUUACGACUAUCAGAAAGAUUCCCGCUCGAACCAGGCUUGCGUAAAAUCGUAUAAGACCCUGCUGCCAGCUGCAGCCACUGGAGUGUACUAUCGUGACACAAAUGGCAACAUUUCCACUUCGGCCAUGCGUGUGUUGAAGGAUUCAGUUGAGCUGGACCUUCGUCCUCGUUUUCCCCUAUUCGGCGGCUGGAAGACCCACUACACCCUAGGGUACAAUGUGCCUAGCUUCGAGUAUUUGUUCCAGACUGGCGACAACUAUUUAUUGAAGAUGAGAGUCUUGGAUCACAUCUUUGACGAUAUGGUUGUCGAUGAGGUCAUCACGAAGAUUAUCCUUCCAGAAGGGUCAACUAACAUCAAGCUAAUCGCUCCUUACACGGUUACUCGACAUGCCGAUUCACUGCAUUACACCUACCUGGACACAUUUGGUCGCCCCGUCAUCGCAUUCAGCAAGAAAAAUGUCGUCGAAAAUCAUAUUUCUGACUUCAAUCUGAAGUACAACUUUAGCCGAGUGAUGAUGCUGCAGGAACCACUGCUGGUAGUUGGUUUCCUCUGGGUGCUGUUUGUGAUGGUCAUCAUCUGGAUGCGAUUAGACUUUUCCAUCAUCAAGGAAAAGGAACAUCUCCACAAAGACUAAAUUAACGCUGAUAACAGCAGUCUUAGUUAUUCCAUGAAACGAAUAUUCAAACGAGUAGGGUUAGUAGGUCGGUUUUAUACACAAUAUUCGUACCAUUUCCUAAUUUUAUGAUUCAAGUAAAUCUCACAUUGGCACCAAAAUACUACAGUAGCAAAAGGUUACAGGGCGAAAUAGGAGUGUUCGCUUAUCUUAGGAGAAACUAAACUAAUGUGCCGCGUCCUU